ACCGGCUAAUUUUGUCUAAUUUUUCCUCAAAGAUCGAGUCAGUCUUACAGCUUUAUCUUGGUAUUUGAUGGUUUUUAAACAAGCUUGAUGGGCCUUUUCUAACGGUGGAUUCGUAAAGGGUAUCUUAAAGGCUUUGUAACGUCUCUGACGUCAUUUGCGUUUAUUUUAUUUUUUCCUGACAUCAGCAGGAUUCUGUCGUUUGGUGCAAACAGUCGCUGUUAAUGGAUUAAACUGUUUCGCAUUAAACGAUUUGAUAACGUAAUGAGUUAACCGCGACGUGAUUAUUUUUUUGUUACAGUUGAAAGACAAAGAAACAUCAGAACUGUGGUAACAACAGACAAACACCUGGCAUACAUGUUUUUGUCCCUCGUCGUUUAUCUCAGCAAGAUUUGCCGUUAUUUCUCCAUGUUUAGCUCCGACAGACUCACGGUUCCUGGAUAUGUCAGUAGUCGGCUACACAACCGGAGGACGGGCUCCGACCCCAGGGCUGUGUCUCCGGGGAUCAGCACCGACGUCCAGGUCGUGUUGGAAGUCUCUCUUCCUGCGUUGCGCUCCGCAGUCAAAACGCUGAAGUCCUCCAAAGAUACAGGAGACAUGGAAGAGACUCGCCGAGCCAUUGCUGAAACUUUCCAGCUGGUUGAGGAGGCCUGGGUCCUGCCCACAGUGGGUCGUCAGGUAGCAGAGGAGAUCUGCAACAGGAUCCGGCUGGAUGGGGGUCUGGAGCUUCUCUUGCAGCUGUUGCAGACCCCUGCUGUAGAAAUCACAUACGAGUCUGCCAAGCUGCUUGAGCAGAUAUUGGUCUCAGAAAACAGGGAUUAUGUGGCCCGUAUGGGCCUUGGGGUCAUACUGAACCUGACCCGUGAGCAGGAGGACGCCCAGCUGGCACGAAGUGUGUCGGGCAUCCUUGAGCACAUGUUUAAACACACAGAGGAGACAUCUGCGCAGCUCAUCACUAACGGGGCACUGGACACCCUCCUGUACUGGUGCCGUGGAACAGACCCAACUGUACUGCGGCACUGCGCUGUGGCCCUGGCAAACUGCGCCAUGCAUGGCGGGCACAGCUGCCAGCGUCUGAUGAUCGAAAAACAGGCGGCUGAAUGGCUGUUCCCUCUGGCGUUCUCCAAAGAGGACGAGCUGAUCCGGUUCCAUGCCUGCCUGGCCGUGGCUGUACUGGCGGCCAACAGGGAGAUAGAGAAAGAAGUGGUGAAGUCUGGUACUCUGGAGCUGGUGGAGCCCUUCAUCGCCUCCUUAGACCCUGAUGAGUUUGCACGCAACCUUUUGGACAGCGCAGACAGCAUGCAGGGCCGCACGGCGACAGACCUGCAGCACUUGCUGCCCCUGCUGGAUGGCACACGUCUUGAGGGGAAAUGCAUCGCCGUGUUCUACCUGUGCGUGGAGACUAGUAUCAAGUCCCGUCAACGUAAUACCAAGAUAUUUCAGGAGAUUGGGGCUGUCCAGAGUCUAAAGAGGAUCGUCAUGUACUCCAGUAAUGCCACUGUCUGCUCUUUGGCUAAGCGGGCCUUAACAAUGAUGAGUGAGGACGUCCCGAAGCGUAUCCUGUCAUCUGUACCCAACUGGAAGAGUGGAGAGGUGCAGACCUGGCUUCAGCAGAUUGGCUUCACUGCAUUCACUGAACGGUUUCAGGAACUGCAGGUAGAUGGAGAUCUGCUGCUCAAUAUCACAGAACAGGAUCUGAUCCAGGAUCUGGCCAUGACAUCUGGACUCACUCGGAAGAGAUUUCUUAGAGAUCUGCGUGUGCUGAAGACCUACGCCAACUACUCCACAUGUGACCCCAAUAACCUGGCAGACUGGCUGGCCGAUGUAGACCCGCGAUUCCGUCAGUACACCUACGGCUUAAUUCAGUCUGGAGUUGAUCGGAACAAUAUUGCCAAGAUUACAGACGAACAGUUGCUGUCUGACUGCCAUAUAGAGAAUGGCAUCCAUCGUGCCAAGAUCCUUUCUACCGCCAGCUGCCCUGCUAAACAGUUAACUGAUUCCCAGCCUGCAGGCCCUGAUGUGUUCAUCAGCUACCGUCGCACUACGGGUUCACAGCUUGCCAGCCUACUGAAGGUGCAUCUACAGUUACAUGGUUUCAGCGUCUUCAUCGACGUGGAGAAACUGGAAGCCGGCAGGUUCGAGGAGAAGCUGAUCACGAGCGUGCACCGAGCUCGAAACUUCAUCUUGGUGCUGUCAGCCAAUGCGUUGGACAAAUGUAUGGGCGACGUGGCUAUGAAAGACUGGGUUCAUAAGGAGAUUGUCACUGCUCUGAAUGAGAAGAAGAACAUUGUUCCUGUCACUGAUAACUUUGUGUGGCCCGAUCCGGCCUCUCUGCCGGAGGACAUGAGGACCAUUCUCAAAUUUAAUGGCAUUAAGUGGUCCCAUGAGUAUCAGGAAGCCACUAUCGACAAGAUUCUGCGCUUCCUACAGCCAAGAUGCGUUUCCAAGACAGCGCAAUGCCCCAGCCAAGAGCAACCAGAUGCUGCAAAAACAGACAAAAAAGAGCCAGAAAUAAAAUAAUGUUGCGUUCCCAAUAAUGGCCAUCAUGUAACCAGAACGCUCCUGUUAACCCUCAGAGGCCAGCGUUUCCUUUGGUUGUAUGCAUGUAGCUGGUCUAGAUAGCUUACGGUUGAAUUUUCUUGGAGAAAAAAAUUUAAUAAAUGUAACCUACCCAGAGACGCAAUGAAACUUUAAAGGUGCCGUCGCAUUAGGGACAUUUUGGCAAAA